AUGGUUAAAAAAUUCCCCUUGAUGUUGGGAAAAAAAUGUAAUGACAGAGAUAGUGUAGCUUGGAUGCCUCCCAAACCUGGAUGGUUAAAGUUGAACUUCAACGGGGCUUCAAAAGGAAACCCAGGUGCUUCUGGUAUAGGAUGUGUUGUGAGGGACCAUAAUGGAUUAUUCAAAGGAAAGAUGGCUCUGUCAAUAGCCCUAGAUACCAACAAUAUAGCAGAAUUCAAGGCCUUAUUGCUAGGACUCUUAGAGUUCUCAAGUCGAGGGAUUAAACAUGUAGUUGUGGAGGGGGACUUGGCUAUAGCAAUUAAUGCAGUUAAAACCAUUAGAUUACCAAAUUGGAGACUACAAGCUCUGUUGGAAAGGAUUUUGAAGGAAUUGUCUAGAUUUGAUGAUUUCUCCUGCAAGCAUGUCUAUAGAGAAGCAAAUUUAGAGGCAGAUGCCCUUUCUAAGAUUGCAACAGAUGGAACCAAUUUGUCCUGGUGGGCGGAUGAAUUUAAAGUAACCUAUCCUAGUGAUUGA